AGCUCCGCCUCGAUCCGGCAGCAUCCAUAAACACGGGAACGCAAGCGGCUUGUCUUGUGCAUGACUGAUCUCCACAUGCGCAACCCCUCGAAACAGCAGCGACUGCUGCGCACCAAGGAAUCGAGGAGUGAGUUGCAAGUCAUCAAUGGCGGUGAAAGGUAUCUUGUAUAGGCACUAUACCGACUUUCCCCUCUCGAUCCUCACCAUCGUCAACAUCCGCACAUCGCGAGUCGACUGAAUUCCAGCUUGUCUCCCGAAUCGAAUCGUCCGCACCCGCGCAGUACGGCUCUCUCUCUCACCACGUCUACGCACAACGUCGGCAAAUCACCCGAUUGUCAUCAGUCACCAUGGUCAAAGGUAGCGAUAUUCUGCUCUGCUUGGUCUGCAUCCUCUUCCCACCUGCCGCCGCCGCAUUCGUAGCCGGAUGCUGCUCGUGUGAUCUGCUGAUCAACGUUUGCCUGACCAUCUUGGGAUACAUUCCCGGUCACAUUCACGGAUUCUGGCUCAUUUACAAGAAAAUGCGCGCAGAGGAGCAGUACGGAGCUGCCUAUGUCUACCUGGGCAACGGCGAGUAUGCAGCUGUUGAUGCUGCACCUGCUGGAGCUCAGCCUCCCAACUACGGGGCGGCAGGUCACGCUUAGCGGGCAUAUAUGCUGAUAAGCCAUAGCACUCCUUUGGCAUCUCGCGCGCAUCGAAGGAGCAGAGAAUUUGGAUGAUGGGAAUUGCAAUGAUCAAUGCAUGUCUAGCUAA